AUGGCAGCAGAAAAUGAGGUGAUCGGUGUUCAUUCCGUUGAAUCAUGGAAGGAACAGAUCCAGAAAGGAACCGAAUCCAAAAAACUGAUUGUGGUGGAUUUUACUGCUUCGUGGUGCGGUCCAUGCCGUUUUAUUGCUCCAAUUCUAGCAGAGAUUGCUAAGAAGACACCUGAAGUCAUCUUCCUCAAGGUGGACAUUGACGAAUUAAAGAGUGUUGCCGAGGAAUGGUCUAUCGAGGCUAUGCCAACCUUCUUGUUCUUGAAAGAAGGCAAGGAAGUCGAUAAGGUAGUUGGUGCUAAGAAGGAAGAGCUGCAGCUGGCAAUAACCAAACAUGCCACAACUGUUGCUACUGCUUGA